UUCAGCAGGUUAUUUGACUUGCGACUUAUCAUCCAUUCAAUCCUGUAACCGAAUAACACUCACCUAUAAAUCCAUAACCCACAAUUUCACGUAAUCAUCCUUAUCACUGACACGACGAAAAUACGAUAAGAGAGCAUGGGAUCGAGCUUAGAAAUUUUGACUCGCCUCAAGAAGAGAUAGUUUCGGAAAUUUAAAGCCGUAGGUCUGCUAACUGAUUACAAGUAAUCUUACUCGAUACAAAAUGAAAACUUAUUCAAGUCUUUAUCGUCAACGCGAAAUACACAACUUUCGCUUUCAUCAGUGGAUCCGUCCCCUUCUUCUGGAAAUCGUUCGGUUUCUUCAAUUCGGGUCAACAUUUCUUAUGCAUCAUUAAUUCGACUUCAGAAAUUUAGACCCAACUCGACAGAUAGAGAGAGAUACGGUUAAAAACCUAGUUUUGCCAACACCUUAAUAUUUGUGCAUUAGUCCUACAUAUGCAAAUUAGCAGUAAUACACAACCUACGAUGGACACGGAAGAAGAAAGUUUAUCAGCAGAGGAAAGAGAAAGUUUCGCCUCUUCUGCGGAAGGACCUCCGCUUAAAGAAUUGAUAACCGAAGAGUUCGAAUUGGGAGAUCGCUCCGACCUGGAAAUUUCCCACUGGUGGAAGACACUGACUUUGAUCAGCUACUUUGUCACGGGUGUGAGCGGAUUAGCCACCAGCAUCGCGUUGGGAGAUGUGCUAGCCGCGUUUCAAAACAGGUGCAUCUUAUACGCUAAAAUCGGUCUGAUUAAUAUGGACGACUUCGACGGGUACAAGCUGACGGAACAAAAUAUCGCCGGCGAUAAGUGGGGUGACACGUAUGACUGUGAAUUUUGUGAGUUUGCGUCGCUAUUUUCCGUGAUUUUUUCGGGGAUGCUGUUCGCCAUGUUUUUACAGUGUGGGAGAGGAGGAAUUACUUCGAAGGGGCUCCGGCGAUCUUGGGAAUUUGUCCCUCUGGCUUUACUGAUAACUGCAAUUUUCUUUAUCAUUGGGACUGUAAUAUUUGCCAAAACAAUUGGAGGAUUUGCAUAUUUUUGUGACUAUAUAGUGCGAGACUCGAACUCGCCGGGGAACAUUACCAAUUGCCCACAAGUCCUCGGAUAUCAUUUUCCAUGGGAUGACCACGGAACAAAUUUGUACACGGAGUACGUUUUGGCACAUGUCGGAGCAACAUUAACCUUCGCAGGAUGGUUUGCAUCUCUCAUCAUUCUCAUUUUCCGAUGCUUACUCGGCAUUGAUUUUGUAGUGUAUCGAAAACGUGUGUAUGCAAAUGUGAACAGAGUUGCAGUUUCAUCAUCAAAAUCUCAAAGAAAAACCAAGAAAAGUGUGCGAUUUCUCGUAGACUCGCAGAAUAAGAAAGCAUCAUCAUCUUCAUCCCAUCAACACAAAAAAUCACGUCGCGAUAAGAAUCUUAUUCGUCAUGAUGAUGGCGACGAGUCGGAUGAAACGUCUUUCACCACCUUUGAUGUCACGGUUGAGACAAAAAAACUAAUUUGAAUGAAAUACAUAUGGAAAUUUUCAAGUUUUCAAAUAUUUAUAUUUGCAAUUUGUGUAUCAAAAACGUUGUGGUUUGCAAUUUCGUCCCAUGGUCUUCGUGGUGUGAUAUGUAUGUAUGUAUAACAGAUUUUGGCAGUGGCCGCGGAAGGGUGUGGACAGAGGGGCAAUGUCCUCACUGUUAUUCGAUGUCCCCAUCAUCUCCCCAUCUUAUAUAAACCCCUCCCUCCCCCAUCCUACAAUGGCAAUGUCCCCACGGCUUCCGCGGCCACUGGAUUUUGGCACAUGCCAUUCUACGUAAGCUGCUGCUGCUAAAAUCUUUGGAAAUGGAAAUGUAUGGGAUCUGUUCCACUCCGAGAUGAGACUUUUUCUACACAGUUCUAAAUAUAUCUAACCUUAUUUCAGUCAGAGUGAGAUUUGCAGAACAGAAUAUGUAGUUCGUUUUACAUAAUUUUGAUCAACUUUCUCAUAGUUUUAUAAAAUUUUAAUUGUGCAAGAUCUUCUACAAGUGAUGAGGAUUUAGUUAAGUAAAGUUUUUUUUAAAAAUAGACGUGAUAUUUUUAUAAGAAAAAAAAUGAAACCGUGCUGUGAUCGACGAACAACGGUCGCAAUGAUCGCAAUGAUUGAUAUGACCUUUGGAGUCAUUUUAUUCGUUCUGUGCUUCCAGUCACUAUUUUUCGUCCCGAUUCCUGCACAAUUUUCGCAUAUGCCUUGGACUCGAUUGCUACUUCUAUUUCCCAUAAUUGUGAACACGUUUCAAAUUUUGAUUUCUUUCAACUUGUUGAUGUCCAUACGACAGAUCGAUCUGUUGAUAUCACUGGCCAAGACGUCGAUCUGGUUGCACGGAGCAUUCAUAACUUUCACCUGUCUCGUGCUCAAGUUUAUAUUCCUGUUCUUCAAUUUGUGGACAAUGAGCCCUUCCGUUUUUAAAAGUGGAGACUCGAGCACCAAUUUUCUCAUGACUUUGACCCUGUGGGAAAUGCUGACCAAGAUCGUGAGCAUAUAUUUGAUUCGAAGUUAUCUGGAAGAACUUAAAUUGGAAGCUUAUCCGCCACCGAAUGUCCAAUUUUAUUCGGUAUACAUUCCUCCAUCAGAGAUAAGCCCGUCACCUUCGUCCCCCUUAAUUUGGACGACGACCACCCCCACACCCACCAAUUGUGCGCCACAAAAUGAAUACAAAUGUUGACCAAUAAACAGUGGCCGCGGAAGCUGUGGGGACAUCUGGGGACAUAUUGACAUUGUAGGAUAGGGGAGGGAGGGGUUUGUAUAAUAUGGGGAGAUGAUGCGGACAUCGAAUAACCCUGGGGACA